AUGAUCUCAAAUGCAACUGGCACGGUGGGGGAAGAUGGCAUCCACGUUGACUUGAACCACCUGAAGAAGGGCGAAGUGAACCUGGGUACAUCGAUCAUGGCAAUCAAUUUCAAAGACGGAGUCAUCCUCGGCGCCGACAGCCGGACAACUACGGGCGCCUACAUUGCAAACCGAGUGACGGACAAGCUGACGCAAGUGCACGACACCAUCUGGUGCUGCCGAUCCGGGUCGGCGGCGGACACCCAGGCUGUGGCCGACAUUGUCUCAUACCACCUCAACAUGUACGGGAUCGUCAAUGACGAGUCCCCCAGCACACAUACCGCGGCGGCUCUUUUCCAGGAACUGUGCUACGAAAACAAGGACAUGCUCAGCGCGGGCAUUAUUAUUGCUGGCUACGACCGCCGACACGGCGGCCAGGUCUACUCGAUCCCCCUCGGCGGUUCCCUCCACAAACAGGCGUACUCCAUCGGCGGGUCGGGAUCUACGUACAUUUACGGAUACUGCGAUGCAAACUGGAAGGAGGGCAUGACCGAGGAAGAGGGCGUCAGCUUUGUCAAGAGCGCACUGGCCGAGGCGAUCAAGUGGGAUGGCAGCUCUGGCGGUGUGAUCCGGCUGGUGGUGUUGACGGCCAAGGGAGCGGUGCGACAUUUGUAUCUGCCAGACAAUGGAUACAGCGGCCCUGGCGCGGCCAGAUAG